GCCCUGACGAGCCAGGAAUUUAAAGUCUCAGUGUGGGUCAGGAGACCAGACGACGCGCCGGCAUCGACGCAGCUGAGAAGAAUCAGCGUCGGCCUAUAACAAAAAGAUAGAUGGAGAACUUACUGGACUACUAUUUGACUCAUGCCACUGACCAAGGAAGUCACUGAUGGCGUAGUGGUACACACGCCAGCCUCUGGUGUGGGCACCGUGGGAUCGAUUCCGAACAUACCGGCUACCAGUCCAGGGUGUAGUCCGCCUUUCGCCCAAAGCUAGCUGGACUCAUCAGAGGCUUUUUGUUUGAAAUAAAGCAAACGUCAAAGAGCAGCUUCAAGAACUCUGCCUAGCAACAAGUGACAACGCAAACAUCGGAUUUGAAAAACAGUUCAAAUGUCAGCAGAGGCGAGUGCACCAGAUCCGGCGGGGUGCCUCAUUUGCAAGGACGGCUGCUCGGGUUUGCGGCCCCAUUCUUGGAGGAAAGCGUGCGUGGCGUGCGGCUGCAGCGCGGUGGACCACGCGCCGGGCAGCCACGCCGACGACGACCGUCGAAUGGGACGCCUGCUGGCCGACUCGCCCUGCGCCCACCUGACGGCCAAGGUGAAAGGGGGCGGCGGCCUCCGGCUGUACAAGAGGAACCGCAUGAUCGUGACCAAUCCGGUGGUGUCGCGCAAGGACCCCACCUUCAACACCACCACCUACGACUGGGCCCCCGCCGGCCUCAACCAGAAGCUGGCCAAGCAGUACAUGGAGCUGAUCCCAGAGAGUCAGCGUCCCGUCUCCGGGACCGGGGGGGCAGUGCUGCGUCGCAGGCGUCUCCUCAGCCAGCUCCCCGCCUACGACCAGGACCCCAUGACAUGUCAGAGCCUGGCCAGCGACGACGAGGUUUCCGCCAUGCUGCUUUUUGUGAAGCACUACAAAAUGGAGGUGCUGGGCGUGGGCGAGGUGGCGCUGCCCGGCGACGGCGAAGCCCUGAGGGAGGCGGCCAACCGGAGGGAAGCCAGGGAGCAAAACCACGACGGCAAGGAGGCCGCCGACCUCCGCCCAGAUCACGACACGGUCGCGGCUGAAGAGUCCACCAAUGGCACAGAGAACAACACUCCAUAUUGCUGCUCCGGUUGCGGAGGUAACGUCGCGGCGGAGAGCCCCGCGGUUUUUGCCGAGCGCGCCGGUUACCGGGCCGCCCUGUGGCAUCCCGCCUGCUUCGCGUGCGCCGAGUGCGGCCAGGGCCUGGCGGACCUGGUCUACUUCUGGUCCGAUGGGAGGCUCCUGUGCGGACGCCAUUACUGCCAGAGCGUCAGGCCGCGCUGCGCCGGCUGCGACGAGUUGAUCUUCGGCGAGUUUUACCAGACGGCGCCAGACGGCCAGACGUGGCACCGUCGCCAUUACUGCUGCUGGCGGUGCGGGCAAAGCCUGGAUGUGCCUUGCCACCACUGAUGCGGGCAUGCGCAACGCUACAGUAACAACAAAAUGUGUUUGGAUUUCUUGCUGUUGUUGUUGUUUUUGUUGUCGUCGUCUGCAGUUCUCCAAACCUCCCGUUGCUAAGCACGGGCGGAAUCUUUAAAGUGUCCCGAGGCGUCGUUUGUAGCGCUCGGCGGGCCUUUUACGUCGGCGCCGAGACGCGUUUGGCGGAUUUAUCGUCUCGUUAAACGGCUGACGUGAUCCAGAUGUGAGCCAACGCCGGCGCGCGUGAGUUCCAAAUUAGCUCAUAUUUGACAUGAAAGCUUGCAACACUGGACAAGCUUGGAUGACGCCAGAUUUAUUUUUUCAAUUUGAUAUAUAAUAUAUAGAAUAACGAGUGCCUUGUUAUUAUUGUAUUUUAAAAUAUCAAAGUACCUAAAAUUGUGGCUCCUGGACACAAACAUCUGUCAUGCUGAGUUUAAGACGUUUUUUUUUAGAUUUAAAUAUUUUAUUGUAUUCAUCCAUUUUUGGUUUUAUUUGAUUUUAAUAAAUAAACUGUCCUGUUACAUAAUUUUUUUAUACACUAUUACUAUUAAAAAAAACAAUCCAGAGCAAGCUCAAGAACAACUUUUAACCAUUUUUAAUUUAAAUGGAUUAAUAAACUAUUUUAAUUUUAAUUUGAGAAUGGAUACAAAUAAAGAGCAACUUUUAACAAUUUUUAAUUUAAAUGGAUGAAGAAAUUCUUUUCAUUUUAAUUUGAGAAUGGUUAUUAAUAAAGGAAUUAUUCCCUACAUUUAUUUUAAUGAAACUUUUUUUUUCAAAUAUACAUACAAAAUUAAAUAAGUUGAUAAAUAAAUUAUUUUAAUUUUAAUUUGAGAAUGGAUACAAAUAAAGAGCAACUUUUAACAAUUUUUAAUUUAAAUGGAUGAAGAAAUUCUUUUCAUUUUAAUUUGAGAAUAGAUACAAACAAAGGAAUUAUUUUCCGCAGUUCUUUUAAUUGAACAUUUUUUCAAAUAAUCCUACAAAAUUAAAUAAGUUAACUAAAUUCCACAGUAAAUUUAGCUCUAACUUUUAACGUUAAAAAAUAUUAACAAAUUUAAUGAAAAUUACAAAAAAAUUACACACUAUUACUAUUAAAUAAAAACAAUCCAGAGCAAGCUCAAGAGCAACUUUUAACAGUUUUUAUUUCAAAUAGAUUAAGAAAUUCUUUUAAUUUUAAUUUGAGAAUGGAUACAAAUAAAGGAAUUAUGAUCUACAGUUAUUUUAAUGAUAUUUUUUUCAAAUAUACAUACAAAUUAAAUAAAUUGAUGAAUCAAUUAUUUUAAUUUUAAUUUCAGAAUGGAUACAAAUAUCGAGCAGUUUUUAAUUUAAAUGGAUUGAUAAACUUUAAAUUUUAAUUUGAGAAUGGAUACAAACAAAAGAAUUAUUCUCUACAGGUAUUUUAAUGAAACAUUUUUUUCAAAUAUAUAUACAAAAUUAAAUAAGUUGACAACUAAAUUCCACAGUGAAUUUAGCUUUAACUUUUAACAUUAAAAUUAUUUAGUAAUUUAAUGAAAUAAAUCUAGAAACGACACUUCAUGAAGACUUAAUGACUAAAAAAAAAAAAAGUAUAAUGACUCCAAUAUGGAAUACAUCAUUUGUCAUAAAUCAUAUUCUAUUUUCAUCUAUAUUUUGUUUUUUAUCUUCUUAAAAGUAAAAUCUGUCAUGGGAAAUUGCCGUAGAUUAAAACACAUUAUGUGAUAUUAUUCUGGAGAAAAUAAAUAAAUAAAUGU